AAACAAAAUUCUUCGAUUUCUUUCCUUCUUAAGUUUUGCUCUAAGAGCGAUGUUUUAAUUGGUGUAAAAAUUAUGAGCACAGAGAAAAAAAUAACAAUUAUUUUCAUCUUUUUUUUACCCACGUAAUCUGUUGUCAAGGAUACUACCGGUCACUAUGGAAACACUAACAUCAAAGAAAAUUUGUUUUGCAUUUAUGAAAUAAUUGCUGACUGAGUAUAGAUUUUAUAUGAAAAUAAGUAAAGGGAUUAAGAGAUUAAUUUUGGCAGCUUACUACACAAUGGACCAAACCGCCUGGAAGAAGGAUGGCAUAGUUAGAGGUCCAGAAGAGGUAACUAGUGAAUAUAAUCAGCUAUAUUUUAGUAUUUUAGACAAACAGACGUAAUAGAUUUGCGCAGCUAUACGGUAUUAGCAAAGUGUUUUUUUUUUAAUUUAAAAUUUUUCUAAAUUAAUUAAUUAACUAAUUAAUUUUUUUAGUGAAUUAACAUACUCAUGUCCAUGUAUUGUUCAAAAUGUUUCUGAAAAAAAAAAAGUAUUUAUAACUUUGGCAUACCGGAGUAAAGGGAAGGAAAAUCAAAUUAAGAUGAGAUUAACUAAAAAAAAAAAAAAAAAAAAAAAAAAAAAAAAAAAAAAAARAAAAAGGAAAAAAAUAUUUAGGCAACAUAUUUGAAAAUUCGUAAAUCUAUUGUGCUUUGGCUGUUGUAUCACAGCGUGGGACAAUUACAACAGAGCUAAGCUCCAAACUAGAUGAAAGCCCAUAUAACCCACAAUACUUUGCCAACCUCAGACAAGACAAAAUAAAACCAUUUUGUACCGUAUAUUAUUCAUUAUAUUCAUAGCGGACGCCCACUUAUAAGGAGUAUUAACAAGGUUGAGUUUUCGGUCCUCACUCCAGCUUUAGUAAUAUAUAAGUAAAAGCAACACAUUGGAGUUGUCGGUAAAAAAUUAAAGCUUUCAUUUACCUGGGAUUUUCACGUGUAGGAAACGGAUAAUCAUGGAUGAUCACUGAUGAAGACCGAUUUUUUACUCACCUUGAAUAUUUGGAUAGAUUUGAGGACAGAGCAUGAUACAACAAGCAACGUUGGUCUUGGCUUAAGCAAGACGAAAAAAAUAUCGAAGGACCUCACGACACUCACUGACGAAGAAAGUAAUUGUUCUUUUUAACUGAAGACCUUCAAAAGGGAGACAAAGAGCUCAUCAACAAAACAGGAAAUCGUCGAAUUAUCGAUUUAAAAAAAACUCUUUAACGUCAUCAAUCGGAGUCGCUUGGCAAUUUUACUAUCACUAAUCAUGUUGGGAAAUUCUAACAACGAAGGAACAUUAACAAACUACAGUGAGUUAAUGGAGGAAGAAAUGUAUGAAAGCCAGGGUUUUCAUGCCUCGUCAGAUGUCCCUCUUGUCAUGGUUGCCAUUCUUAUCAUUGUGGUAAAUGGUUACAUCACGCUGCUCAUUUCAGGCAGGCGAGACCUUCGUACUCCAAGUAACUUAAUUCUAGCGAGUCUUACCAUUUCCGAUGGACUUACAGGACUAGUAACUGUUCCUCUAGUGAUGACCUGUACAAUCACUGAGACUAAUGAUGUCUGUAUUUCAAGUGCUGUCUUUGUUCGCUUUAUUUCGAUCCUGAGUGCUGUGCACAUCCUCUUGCUCACACUUGAUCGCUAUAUUUUUAUCGUCUGUGCCAAUAAAUACUACGAUCUCGUGCGCAAGAAUCGUGUUAUGUUCCUGCUACUUGGAAUAUGGUCGAUGAGUAUCAUUGUGACGGCCAUACGACUCGAUUGGGCUGUCGAAGCCGAUGUUUAUGGCAAAGAAGACAACACAGAAAAAGAGAUUGAACUGAAUCGUAAAGAACGAAUUUUCAAUUGGUUCUGUUUGGUUGCCUUUUUCUUCAUCCCUCUUAUAAUCACAGUCAUACUGGACGCAGAACUUCUUUUUGUCCUUAAACGACAGGUUCGUAAGAUCCUUCAGAACAAUCUUCUCCACGCACGGCAGGGACAGACAAUGAAAACGAAGAAUCGAGAGCGAAGGGCUGUGAUUGUUUAUAUCAUUGUAGUUGUCACAUUUAUCAUUUGCUGGCUACCAUAUUUCUUGUACGAUUUAUGGCAACACUGGGGCUCUUUACCGAGCACAGUAGAAUACCUGAUCAUGUACAUCAGAAUAAUUACGUCUUUAAGCAAUCCCAUCAUGUAUACUCUCAGUCACAGGACAUUGAGAAGAGCCGUCAUUGUUUCUUUGCGAAGGACACUUGGUUUAAAAAGGCACCAUAGAUUCAGAGGAACGAGUGGAGGAUUCACGGCCCAGAUCAACCGCACAGACACAACUCAAAUGUAAAAACAAUAAUUUAUUACAAAAAUAUAUAAUAUUAUCAUGAUGCUUACUGCCAAUCCAAAGGCGAGGCAGGUGAGUAUUUAACAAGAUAAAGAGCUAUAGAUAGAUAUUAUUUCGAUCGUAUCACAAAAUGAACAGUUUUAAUAGUUAGGAGUACAGUUCUAUACGCAUAUACUUUUGUUGUUUGUGCAAUGCGCAUCUCUUCUCAAUCCCAAUAUUAGUAGUUUAUCGUCUAUUUCCCGUUCAAAUCAGUGGGAUCGAACUUUUACUAAAACGGAUCUUUCCUGUUUAGCAAUAUUAUCACUGUAUCUUUAAAAUUACUAGAAAAUUACUAGCAAGGGUUUUUCGUAUCGGUGAGAUAAGAGACUUCCGCUCCAAGUCAAGAGGGUCAGAAGUGGUAGUGGUAGCAAGGAAAUGAAAAUGGGAAUGGGAAAGUGAAAAGAGUUGACCUAUUCCUCUCCUUCUCCUUUCCUUACCAACUACCUCCCCGUUGGAUAAAUAGAACAUUCUUGAAGUCUUUAAAGUAGGAAAAGGGUAAAUAAAGCCCAUGCCGCUGUGUUGUAAGCAGUUAUAAAGCACUAGCGGAUUGGUAGCCAGAACAGCUCGAGAAGUGUUGAGAAACACUCCACUAGCUAUCAGACUUUGCUUACUGUAACGUAUGUUUGCCAAUCCCUGCAUGGUUAUUUGCAACUGUAUAUAGCACACGUGCGCUUGCUAACUCCACAACUAUCUGAGAGUCAUAUUUUAAUCAGAUGACUUUUCAGCUUUGAUGAGUUUGAGAGUUUGUCCUCCAAAGGUGGUAUCAUCGUCAAAAAUCCUUAUUGCACCGACUCCCUCACAAACCCAAAGUUUCUUUUAAAUCUAACUCAAUAUAAUAGCUUUUUGAUGCACGCAGGUGCAUAUUGCAUUGGACAUGGUGCAAGUCGAUUACUUUACUGGAUAAAUCUAACUUAAUGAAGCUAAUUACCACCAAUCAAAACCGGUCGUGGGUGAAAUAUGAAACUGUGGUCUGAAAUCAAGAAAAGACCCAUUCAACUUAGGUGUAACAUUUUCCCAUGCUAUACCACGUGUCAAUUUUUUUUUGGACAAUUAAGUUUUAUCCACAUUAAUGCAUCUUAUAAAGUGUAUUGAUAUACAAAGAUACAGUAAUCAAGAGAAUAACACGAGGUCUGGUCAUGAGAGCCAAGCUUAUAAGUGAUCUAUUUUUGAACCCUUUUCAUGCUAUAAAAUCCAAACAGAUAAAUCCUGUCUGUGAGCGCGAAAAAAUUGUAAAAAACUAUACCUGUUUGCCAGAGUUGUCCUCUUUUUCUCUUGUGCCGGAGAUUAGAGGUAAGAAUCAGGAUACCUAAGACAAGUAGGGCAGACUACAUUCGUUUAAUAAUUUUUCCCCAAACAAAUCAAAAUUUAAGAAAUUUUUGCUACGCCCAAAAUAUACAUAAAUGCGAUGAAUUUAGUGUAAAUAUCGUAUAUAGAAAAUUCUCAACGUCCUAUCAAUUUGUAUAGAGUUUAUAACAUCAGUGUCCGUGUUCACCGGUUAUAAGAAACAUUCUAAAGGAAAAAAAAAUGAUUAUGAGGUAUAAAGUAUCUUGAAAUUGAUUUCGAAAACUUGCAAAUAAUUUUAUCGAUCUUUACAUUAAUUCCAGAAUCAUUAAAUAUUUAAUUCUAGCUCCUCCGGGUGGUAGGGUGGGGAUCUCCCCUCCCUACCCCUGCUGAAUUGAUUCUGGUGAAUAUAAAUAAUAUUACACUCUAUAUUAUGGAGGUGUUUGUUAAUAGGUGACAAAAAAAUAUUUAUGGUGUAAAUGGAAAUAUUUAUAAAUCGAAUAUUGUAUUACAUAGUAUUAAUGACAUAUACAUACAUAUUCUAUUAAUAGAAGUAUACCGUAUAAAAUAAAGACUAACGUUAUAUGGAAAAA